ACCUACUGGGCUCUGCCUGUGUGCCAGCCUCACUCACCCAUCAUUUAGUACUUGCUGUCACUUUGCCAUCACUUGGCCCUCAUCAUCACUUCUCCCUCACCAUCACUGCCCAAGGCUGGCUACUUCCGAAGCCCCCGACGCCAUGGAGGAGUGGGAUGUGCCCCAGAUGAAGAAGGAGGUCGAGAGCCUCAAGUAUCAGCUGGCCUUCAAAAGGGAGAUGUCAUCCAAGACCAUUCCUGAGCUUCUCAAGUGGAUUGAGGAUGGCAUCCCCAAAGACCCCUUCCUGAACCCUGAUCUCAUGAAGAACAACCCGUGGGUGGAAAAGGGCAAGUGUGCCAUCCUAUGAGACCCCCCACACUCCCGGGUUCAUGCCUCUUUGUGAAAAGGACAACUCUGUAAAGGUGUGACUUUUAUAAAGACUUCUGGGGGUGUCUGUG